AUGCUUUGGUCUACGUAUCAUGUGUUAUGUGUUGUAUUUCUGGUGGUUGUCGAUGGAAAUGGUUGGAUCAAUCGUCUUCGUUUAGAUAACAAUGGAAAUUAUCAUUUAGUAUGGUUUUUAAGUGAAGACAGUAUAACUUUCCAAGUGGAAGUAGCCACUAAAGGAUGGGUUGGAUUCGGAAUAUCUCCAAAUGGUGGAAUGGCAAACAGUGAUAUUGUCAUAGGAUGGGUUAAGGAUAAUCGAGCAGAAUUUCAUGACUAUCACGCCAUUGGUAACACGAAACCCAUCAUUGACAAAAAACAAGAUUGGAAUCUAUUACGUUUUUAUGAGAAUGGUACUCAUACUAUGUUACGUUUUCAAAGAAAAUUGGAUACCUGCGACGAUAAAGAUCUACCCAUCCCGGAGCAAACAGCACGAAUCAUCUAUGCUUUUCACGAACAAGAUCCCGAUUCCGUUGAUGAAAUAAUGUAUCACGGUAGCAGAAAUCGCGGAACUAAAAGUGUUUUACUAUUAAAACCUCAGCAGAGUGAUGAUAUAAAGCUUACGGAUGAUGUUCUUUCUUGGGAUGUAUUAACUCCGAACGCAACUAUCCCUGGGGAUGUUGAUACUAUGUAUUUCUGUUCGAUUCAUAAAGUACCUCCGUUAGAUACGAAGCACCAUAUUAUAAGAUCACAACCGAUAAUUCAACCUGGUAACGAACCUUACGUCCACCAUCUGGUCCUUAAUCUUUGUACAGUUGUUAUUGAAAGCGAAAUGGACAAUCUAUUGAAUCAAUAUUAUCCUUGUUAUGAAAAUUCUUGGAUUAGACAAUUCCAAAACUGUAAUAUAAUCGUUUCUGCGUGGGGUGUAGGGGGAGAGGGAAACCUCUACCCAGAUCAUGUUGGAGUUCCGUUAUAUGGAAAUUCGUAUUAUGUUCUCGAGAUACAUUACGACAAUCCGAGCCUUACGAAAGGUAUUGUCGAUAGUUCGGGACUAAGAUUGUAUUACACACCCAAAUUACGAACUUACGAUGCUGGAAUACUAUCGGUUGGUUCCAUUUGGUAUCCAUGUGUUUUAAUCCCUCCAAAGCAGAAGAAAUUUAUUGUUGCUGGUCAUGGAGAUCCAAAAUGUUAUGGUUCUAGUAUUCCACCUGAAGGAAUUUAUGUAUUAUCGGUUUUUCUUCAUUCACAUUUAUUAGGAACACAUUUAACUCUGCGGCAUUUUCGGAAUGGAAAAGAAUUAAAGCCCAUAGCUGAAGACAAGUAUUACGAUUUUAAUUAUCAGGAUGGGACCGUCCUAUCCAAAGAGGUCAAAAUUCUACCAUCUGAUCAUUUAACGGUGGAAUGUGUUUACGACUCUACAGAUCGAGUUUCUAACACUUUGGGUGGUUUAGGAACGCAGCAAGAAAUGUGUUUAGCAUUUAUAUUAUAUUAUCCACGAAUUGCUGUUGCUGCUAGUUUAUCUGGACCUAGUUGCAAUCUCGCACUUGGCUUAGCGGGAGUUUCUAUUGUAGCCCCGUAA